AAUAAACAUUCUGAUGGUGCGAACAUGGAACAUCUGUCUGUCUGUCUGUCUGUCUGUCAGUCUGUCUGUCUGUCUGUCUGUCAGUGGAUUUCUCAGUAGAAUAAAGCCAAAGGAAAAAUGUGACUGUCACUGUCCAAUCAUCACUUACCCUCUGAUGUAAUAUAUUUAAUGCGCACAUUCCUGGAAAACUUGCAAUGUCUAGGUAAUGUUUGGGUGCUCAUAGGUUACAAAAUACAAAGUUGCCGUUACUACAAUAUUCAAAGGAUGUGUGGCAGUACAUUUUGCGCAGAAAACAUGGAAGAGAUCUACAAAGACUAUGUGCGUCAAGAGUAUAAGGGACAUGGGUUUGAAAUUUAGUGCUUGUCUAAACACAUCUGUGACGUAAUAUCUUUGUGAUCACACUGUGUAACGUCAUGAUAGGGACGUACAGUGUAGAACAAAACCUUGCAAGGACUGCUUACUUUUCUUGUGUGGUUUUCACUCCAUAUUAGCUCAGGACAGUUUCCAAUUCCUGUUAUAUAUUCGAUUGUGUUAAAGAACAACUUCGGCACAUACAGCACAACAUUGUCUUUAAAGGCUGGUGUUAGUGAUUCCGUAAUUCAGAUCAACAACCCCUUAAAAACAUUGGACGCAGUUGCCUGGACACACCUGGGCCAUUGUUGUUGAGAAUGUCUUAGAAAAUUACAAUUAGGGGAAUAGGACUCAUUUGCCUGGAAACUGUGGUGUCUGGGUAUUUAAAAUAUGAACUAAAGGUUUUGAUUUAUCUACCAUAACAAACUAUUUAAUAUACCAACACAUGAUAUAGAAUGUGCCCGAUACAUCAUGAGACAAGAAUGCUUAACACAAUGUGGAUACUCACACAUGAUAUAGAAUGUGCCCGAUACAUCUUGAGACAAGAAUGCUUAACACCAUGUGGAUACUCACACGUGAUAUAGAAUGUGCCCGAUACAUCUUGGGACAAGAAUGCUUAACACCAUGUGGAUUCUCACACGUGAUAUAGAAUGUGCCUGAUACAUCUUGAGACAAGAAUGGUUAACACCAGGUGGAUUCUCACACGUGAUAUAGAAUGUGCGCGAUACAUCUUAAGACAAGAAUGCUUAACACCAUGUGGAUUCUCGAAAAGUCAAAGGAUUUCUUGGAUGUGUGCAAUCUUAGAAAAGUCCUGUCAGAACAUGUGGAAACUUCAUUCUUUGACCCAUGGGGCAUACGUCCCUUAACCUGGUGAUCAUAGAUAUAGUUACACACUUAUUUUAGAGGUUCUGGCCAAUUUGUCAAAUGAGAGAGCAAAUGGUAUCUAAAGUGCACUGAGAAAACAAUAUGUGAAAUGGUGGACUUCCUCAUUGAUAAUGGAUCUUGAUAUGGAGACUUGCCAAUCUUUGUAACCCUGCCUCUGUGGCUUUACGCACACUGACAGUUAUCACUGGCUCGCGGCACACGCCACACAGCAGCCUUUCAACGUAGCAGCCUCACCAACGACAUCCAACGUGCUCCAACUCUCCAUAGCUUUCUUGGGCUUCAGCGAUGGCGUUCUUGAUUGACAUUCAGAAUAUGGCUAACGAGAGUAAAGGUACAGAUUUUGCCUCUGAAAUAGAACGAUUGAUACACAAGGAAAGCGAAGGGAGGAAGGAAGUUGUGGAAACACUGAAUGAUCUUGCAAAUGAAGUUGACAAAGAGGUUCACAAAGCUCGAAUUGCGAAAACCACGUUUGCCUCAACUGGCAUACUUGGUGCUGGGUUAGCCAUUGGUGGCAUCAUUGCAGCUCCAUUCACUUUUGGUGCUUCUCUGGGUCUGACUAUAGCAGGCGCCGCGGUGGGAGUGUCAAGCGGGGUUGGGGGACUGGUCACGACAAUAAUAGACAAGCUUCUGAACAACAAGAAGACCAAAGCAGCCUUUGCAGCAGCCGACCAAUACAUAAAUAUAGUGGACGGUAUUGUACAAAUAAUGGAGGAAAUACAAAAUGAAUGGGAUGCACAAAUUGAGCAGGAUUUCCAGGAUAAAUUACGUAAUAUUUCUGAUCCUGAAACAAGCAAGACCCUAGAAGUAUUUUUCCUAAGUAUGAAAGCUACGUCGGAGGUCGGGGCUGCUGGUGCCAAAAUUGCCUUCACUUCUGUUGCAUUAGCUUCACGAACAAUGGUGGCCGAUGUCAGCAGGACAGUUGUAAGUGUUCUGAAGACAGGCACAAUGGGUUUGACAAUCGGAGGAGCAGCAGUUGCAGCCAUAACCAUACCUAUUGAUGUAUACACCAUCUAUAAGAACAGCAGGGCCAUACACGUCAACGAAGAAUCGGCUGCUGCAAAAAAAAUCAGGGAAUUAGCAACUCAAAUAUCGAAAUCUCGCCCUUUUGGCCUUUCAGAAGCUGAGCAGCGUACAACAUUAACACCAAAUGAAGAACUGCUGAAAGAGCAAACAGAUGAGAUACAGAAGAUGAAGAAGGAGCAGGAAGAGCUAUUAAAAAUUACUGACGAGAUACUACAACAGGUGCAGAAGGAUCAGGAACAGAAAAUACGCGAUGAAAAAAAGAAACAAUGUCGCCAAAAUUUAGUUUUCCUCCAAAAGGUUGACAUGAUGUCCAAAGACCUGACCCAUUUGGCUGAUAUGGUCAUGCAGACAACUGCACAUACAACACUGUUCAAGUUCUUGAUUUGUCUUCUGGAACUACUUUCAGUGGGAUUCAUCAUCUGUAAAAUAGAAACAACUGUUGCUCAUGGUCACAUCUCUGUUGCAAUGGAGAAGCUGUCUCAUAUCGUGAUAGUCAUUGUCGGAAUGGUGGGCUUAGUUGCUGAGUUGUUCAGUGAAAUAUAUUAUUAUACCAAAUGGAAGGAAGCAGUGGCAGUGGUAGAAAAGUAUGUGCUUGCAGUAAGAACAUCUCUCGAGGUAGCUGAGGGUGGACAUAUUGAUGCCAAUAAGGUUCGAAUGAGAAAAACCUGGACAAGGCGUUCAGGUGACAUCAGCCAACGUAAGAUCACCAUACUUCGCACGGUAAAAACGCUCAUCGAUAUAAUUGCUGCCAUAAGUCUUGGAACAACAGAGUGGCAGGUAAUAGGGCAACAUCAUCUUAUAGAAGAAAGGGGUGCAGGCUUUCCUCUUGGUCUGGGAGGUCCCAUGUCCACUGCUGUUGCUUUGCUUGUGGACCAACCUGAUGCUGAGCGUGUGAUGGAAUCCUUCAUGGAGAUGGCUGUUGGUGGAUCUUUGUGUCUGGUGCUUACUUCAACAAUAACAUUCUACAUACUAGUCACACACUGGAGUCACACAAGGUCCUGCGUGUUGUCUGAUCAGAUUCAAUGUCUGUCAGGGAAAGCCUACACUGAGUUCAAAAGAUUCUUUAUUCCAUAUUAAGGGCUAGGUUAGCCAGUUGAUAAGAGUGAGUGAGUAAGUUGGGUUUAACGUCGCUUUUAACAGUAUUCCAGUUACAUCUCGGCGUGUCAGCUGAAUAUGGGAGGAAAGCCCGAAGUGGCAGGUCUCAGACGUUUAUCACUUCGGCGUGCCCAAGGGACGCAACUCUGUCAAUCUAGUCGUCAUAGACAACCAGGCCACCCGUGCCCCCCCAAGUUGAUAAUAUAAGGCUAACGCUAUUUUUCAGGGCAUUAUCUUUUGCAGAAGCCCGAGGUCUUCAAUUAACUGCCCCGACGAAGGAGAUGCCCUGUAAAAAUAGCGUUACCGUUAUUAUAGCUAAAAUGGAUGGAAUUUAUUAUCAAAUAAAAAGAAGCAACAAUAUCGGUUUUGAAACAUUUACUGCAAUCAACACAAAUGUCACUGACCCACUUUUACAAAUAUGGAAACGUCAUAGAACAAACCAGAUGACAUCACUAUUGAAGGUAACGUCACCUCUCCCUACCCCAUGACGUUACCUAACAACGGGCGUGACAAUGGCCCGUCAUCAAGAAAUAUGAGGGCAUUAUCAAGUUACAGUGGCCCGCUGAUUUCUGAUAACGCGGGCGGUUUAAUGAUAAUUCUAUCCAUUGAAGCUAUAAGAGAUAAGAUAAUACUUUAUCAUCCCAAGGGAAAUUCAAAUUGCACCAGAAUAUGAAAAAAGAAAACAUAUGAUCUGAAAAUAUGUACAUAAGAAAACAAGUCACUUACUAAUAUAACUAUCUGUAAAAACAUGUUGAAAAUUGAACACGAGAAAGAUUGAAGACUAUGACAGUGACGACAAGGAAUGGUAUUUUAAAGUAUAUAUAUAUUCCUAUCACAGCAAGAGUAAACUGUAAUAAAAGGGAUGGGACAGGAUAGGAUUUGUGUACAGCAAACUGUUAGAAAGUAUUAAAUAGAUAAAGGACUAAAAGAUUCAAAAGACUAAUACUGGCUGGCAUGAGUGAUUUCCGGUCCUUGAUAUAUGGAAUAAAGUACAUGACUGCUGUUAUUAAGUAUCUUAAGGACAUGUGAAGAUUCUGGGGUAGAAUAGGUCUUCAGCAACCCAUAUUUGCCGUAAAAGGUGACUCUGCUUGUCGUAAGAGGCGACUCACGGGAUCGGGUGGUCAGGCUCGCUGACUUUGUUGAUGCAUGUC